GCAGGAGAAACAGAAAAGGAGCUGCCAUUUUUAGGAGCUAUGGGCAUAAGCUUGGAUGAACUAAGCUUGGAUGAGCUUGGAUAUUCACAGACACCUUUAGGAAAAGAAGCUAUUUGUGAUAUUCCUUCACCUGGCACAAUGAAUGGAUUAUAAUCAGUGAUGUUUAGCGUGCUAAACGGAGUAUUGUGAUCACCUCAGGACAUAUUUACUCUUUGUGCUGCGGCCCCUGGGGGCCUUUGAUCAUGACUUCAGUGUGGUCUUUGUUGUGGGUUGUGUGUGGAUUGACGGUGUGGUUUCCCUACACUCACGCAACCUCAGUGACACCCAAUCUGUUCAUGACCACCUCUGAUCCAACCACUGAUGAGCAAUCAGUCAAUCCAGAACAUCAGACUGAACCUACAGAUCCACCCAGCAACAACACAGCCUCAGUGAGACCCAAUCUGCUCAUGACCACCUCUGAUCCAACCACUGAUGAGCAAUCAGUCAAUCCAGAACAUCAGACUGAACCUACAGAUCCACCCAGCAACAACACAGCCUCAGUGAGACCCAAUCUGCUCAUGACCACCUCUGAUCCAACCACUGAUGAGCAAUCAGUCAAUCCAGAACAUCAGACUGAACCUACAGAUCCACCCAGCAACAACACAGCCUCAGUGAGACCCAAUCUGCUCAUGACCACCUCUGAUCCAACCACUGAUGAGCAAUCAGUCAAUCCAGAACAUCAGACUGAACCUACAGAUCCACCCAGCAACAACACAGGGCUUGUGUGUAUUUCUGUGCUUCCCCCACGACGGGGAUCCUACUACGUGGAGCACGGCACAGGGGUGUCUGUGGGCUCUAUGCUUGUGUUCUGGUGUAAGGAGGGCUACCAGCUGGUUGGCCCUGAGAAAAUCACAUGCAUCCUGCAUGCAGGCGUCCCAGGAUGGAGCAGCUACCUGCCAGUCUGUGAGAGUAUCCCUCGGCCAAAUGACCAGGGACUUCGCAUUGCUUUAUUGGUGUCUGUAGUGAGCGGGGUCGUCAUCUUCGUCAUGACUGUGUGCUUCAUCGUCUGCUGUUGUCAAGAGCGCAUGAGCAAAAAGAAGGAAAAUCAUCGGAUGGGCAGAAGCAGGAGAAGAGAAACACGGAGCUCUAGGACUCGGAGGAGCCCGUCCUGGUUGGAGAGAGAGCAGCUGGACUGGGAGGCAUUCCCACCGCCUAAACUUUUCAGCCUGUCCCAACGUCUUGAUCGACCGCUGCCUCCUGGAAGUCCUGUUUAUUCCGAGGUCAUCAGAGCCUAUGAGAACAGAGGGUAUGAGAGGAGUCAAGAGAGCCUGCUGAGAAGCCCCCAUACCACAUACCCUACAUACCACGCCAACAGCCAAAGUUACCCAGCCCUUGUGUUCCAGAGGGUUCAAACUGAGCCAAACCCCUCCACUUCUUCUACCACCCCAGUUUACGUACAGAUUUCUACACCUCCCAAAAACAAGACCCCACACGCUCCUUCCGUCACCCACCCAUAGACAUGCAACCAUUAGUCGACUUUCUCAUCAGCAGCACUGAAUGUGGCCAAGACAAUACAAACAACACUGCACAGAUUUAACUGGUCAGCGUAACCAGAAGCACUUUGAUAUUUUUAAUGUUGAUGAUAUCUUUUAAUAUCUGCUAUAUUGUAAAUAUAUCUUGACCUGGUUAUUCUUGUCAAAUCUGACAACUGAUAGCACUAUACCUAAUUUAACCAAACUGUAAAUAGACGUUUUGAUGAUAUUGUUAGAAAGUAAGAGCAAAAUCUUUUUGUUUUGCACAUAGUAAUUUGCUUGUGGUGGCCAACUACCACCCAUUUUCAUAAUGUCAUAUUCAUAAUGUGUUGUAAAGAAGCGGUAUGCACUCUUGAUUAGAGUUUAUACAUUUGUUAACUUAAAAUCUAUCUGUAAAAUUUGCACUUUAAACGCACUGAUUCAUUUGUAAUAAACUGUUGGGGUCGAUCUGUU